UGUCCUGACAGAGCGGGGUGGGCGCAUCCCGUCUCCAACGGCAACCCGAACGAUUAGCUCCAUCAAUAUUCACGUUAUUGGAAAGCAAGAGGCUUUUUGAGGAGGAUCAGUGAUGUCAGCGCACUGUGGAUGCCCGUGCCAGCUGCGUGCGUGUGCGUGUUCACCUUGCACUGGGAGAGAGCUCGGGUAUUUCGGAGAGGGGGAGAUGCUGCUUUGUCAUUGAGGAGCUCAGCAGCAACAGCAUUCUCCCACUCCGGCACGUCCGACGCUCAGCAUGCUGCAUCCUGAUGCGCUCCCGACCGCGCUCUCUCAGCUCACUUGGAUUUAUAUAUGCGUUUCUUGUGUUUUAUUUUCACCCCAGUAUGUGCGUGUUGACUAAAGCGGCUGCAUACCGUUGACUCAUGUCAAUGUUUGAACCAUGAGAAGAGCGGCACGUCCCAAGUGUCAGAGAAGAUAGGACCCAUCCUGCGGAUGUGCCGUUGCAGCUUUGCCUCCAGCGGGAGCCCAACUGUGUGAGAUCCAUGAUUUAUCCCUCUGUUUUCACGGGCUGUCCUUAGAGAGCACCCUUUUCCUCUUCUUUUUUAAUAAAAAUGGAAAGGUUCCAGUCUUCCAAGCGCAAUCGGCUCUACAGCUUGCCGCAAAACAUUGUGCAAAAAAAUACUGUGUCUGACAGUGAAGGAGACAGCGGCGACAAGGACGGUAAAUGGAAAAGUAUUCGGCUAAAACAUUUGUCCUCUUCGACUCCCGCAAGCAGUUGCAGGAGCAUCGAUGAGGCCAGGAGCGAAGACUUGGACAGGGACGUCUCAGUGCUGAAAACCAACUUGAACGGGGACUGUCGCUUUUACCGGAGCAGCAUCUCUUCCAUCACCGGGAGGCAUCUGCCGGGCUCGGAUCCAGCGGAGCAGCGGCGCCUCCUGUCCGAGACCGACGCCGGAGCCAGCGAGAGUUCACCCGGGGAGCCCGGCCCAGGGGCCCAGGACCGGGCAGCGGGCGGGCUGGUCGGCGCACCCGGUCAGCCGUCCGUGUUCGACCAGUCAACUUUUAUCAAGUUGGAGGGCGCGGAUCAGAUAAUACCCGAAGAUGACCGACUGUACCAGGCUGGCUUCAUGCACCGGCAGUUCGGGGCCAUGCUCCAGCCGGGAGUCAACAAGUUCUCCCUGCGGAUGUUGGGCAGCGAGAGGGCCGUGGAGCAUGAGAGGGAGCGCGUCAAGUCGGCGGGCUUCUGGAUAAUCCACCCAUACAGUGAUUUUAGGUUUUACUGGGACUUGACCAUGCUACUGCUGAUGGUGGGAAACCUCAUCAUCAUCCCCGUGGGCAUCACCUUUUUCAAGGACGAGCACACACCGCCAUGGAUUGUCUUCAAUGUGGUCUCAGACACAUUCUUCCUCAUGGACCUGGUCCUCAACUUCCGCACUGGCAUCGUCAAGGAGGACAACACGGAGAUCAUCCUGGACCCGCAGCAGAUCAAGAUCAAGUACCUGAAGAGCUGGUUCGUGGUGGACUUUGUCUCCUCCAUACCUGUGGACUACAUCUUUCUCAUUGUGGAAACUCGCAUCGACUCGGAUUUUUACAAGACGGCGCGGGCCCUGAGGAUCGUCCGCUUCACGAAGAUCCUUAGUCUGCUUCGUCUCCUGCGCCUCUCUAGACUCAUUCGCUACAUCCACCAGUGGGAAGAGGUCUUUCACAUGACGUACGAUCUCGCCAGUGCUAUGGUGCGAAUCAUGAACCUGAUUGGCAUGAUGCUGCUGUUGUGUCACUGGGACGGCUGUCUGCAGUUCCUGGUGCCAAUGCUGCAGGACUUUCCUCCAGACUGCUGGGUCACUCGAAACAAGAUGGUGAACGACACUUGGGGUCAGCAGUACUCCUAUGCCCUGUUCAAAGCCAUGAGCCACAUGCUGUGCAUCGGGUACGGCCUGUACCCCCCCAUCGGCAUGGCCGACGUGUGGCUCACCAUCCUCAGCAUGAUUGUGGGCGCCACCUGCUUCGCCAUGUUCGUGGGGCACGCCACCGCCCUCAUCCAGUCGCUGGACUCCUCCAGGAGGCAGUACCAAGAAAAGUAUAAACAAGUGGAGCAGUACAUGUCCUUCCACAAGCUCCCCGCUGACAUGAGGCAGAGAAUCCAUGACUAUUACGAGCACCGUUAUCAGGGGAAGAUGUUCGACGAGGAGAGCAUCCUGGAGGAACUGAAUGAGCCGCUGCGAGAGGAGAUCAUCAACUUCAACUGUCGCAAACUGGUGGCGUCCAUGCCGCUGUUCGCCAACGCCGACCCCAACUUUGUCACCUCCAUGCUGACCAAGCUGCGCUUCGAGGUCUUCCAGCCGGGCGACUACAUCAUCAAGGAGGGUACCAUCGGGAAGAAGAUGUACUUCAUCCAGCAUGGCGUUGUCACCGUCAUCACAAAGAGCAGCAAAGACACCAAGCUAAUGGACGGCUCUUAUUUUGGAGAGAUCUGCUUGUUGACUCGAGGCAGGAGGACAGCCAGCGUGCGAGCAGAUAACUACUGCCGGCUGUACUCUCUGUCCGUAGACAAUUUCAACGAGGUGCUGGAGGAGUAUCCCAUGAUGAGGAGGGCCUUUGAGGCCGUUGCCCUCGACCGCCUGGACCGUAUUGGAAAGAGAAACUCAAUACUUCAGCAUAAAGUCCAGCAUCACCAAAGUUCUGGCACAUUAAAUCUGAAAGAAACAGAAAUCAUCCAAAGAAUCGUACAGCAUGACCGCGACAUGGCCCAGUGCACACAGCUGAUCCAAAGUAGCACUGCACAGAGUUCAAACCCUCCCGCUGCUCCCCCAUCACCUACCCCUCUCAUCUGGACCCCACUGGUUCAGGCCCCACUACAGGCCGCAGCUGCCACGACACCACUGGCUCUGGCCUUGGCCCACCACCCCCAGCUGCCUCCGAUCCUAUUCCGCAGUCCUUUGGUUCCUGGGUCUGGCUCCAUGAAGGACCACAGCCAUUCAAGGAGGAUGCACAUAGGAGGGAACACCUCUAGUAGCUAUGGAUCAGUUCCUGGUUCCCCUGUUGGCGCUGCUAAACCUAGAUCUGUGGUUGAGACUCCCACAUUAGGGUUUGCUUUGCUCCAGCAUCACUCCACUGGAGUUUUAUCACCCACUGUGAUGUCGCAGCCCAUCUUUACGAGCAGCCUACAGCCUCUGACCCCUCUGCCCACUCACCCACCUCUUUAUCAGCCUUCUCGCUGUGGCAUGACCCCAGUUUUCCCUCUCAGUCAGGCCACCGUCUCCUACACCUGUUCUGCACAGCUUCACCCUCAGCCUUUCCUUGGUGCUAUGACCACUCCACCUCAGCCUUUAGGGUUACUUCAACAGGGGGCGCCAACAAAGCUGGCAGGAAGAUUUCCAGCCCCGGCCAUUAGCCCUUUGAUCUGCAGUUCGGUGAACCCCAUUCUGAGCCAGCUGCAGCAGACCUAUCACCCAUCCAGCCUCAACAGAGUGACCAGCACAUCAAGCAACAUCAACCUCCCACAUUUUCCCAUUAUAACCAGCAGGCAGCCCACGGUGGGAAUCAAUCCGCCACCUUUAGCAGGUGGAGCUGGGGCCGCCGCCUCUCUGGCCCAGCACACUCUGGCAGGACUACAGUCGGUUUUCCUCCCGCAGGUUCUCCCCGAGCACUCGGCCCUCGCCUCCCUGGCCCAGUACGGCUCGGCAGAUGCCUCGCCUUGCUGCACCCCUCCUCUCCACAGCCCCGCAACACAGAGCCCUGUGAGAGCACGGAUGGUUCACCACAGUGAGCCGCCCAUCACCACCAGCUUUUACAGCUCCUUGCCCCUUCAGAGCUCAUGCCCAGCCAGGUGGGAUUCCACUUUGAGAGAGACAGCAGGGUCCUCUGUGGAUCUCUUUACCCAGGAAAUAAAGACAAUCUCAGGCUCCCACCGCUAUUUACACCAGGAAAGGCCUUUGGUCAUGAGCGGCUCCUCAGAGGGGGCAGCGGGGGGCUUUCCUUCCCCCAUGGCAGUCAAUAAACCCUACACGCCCAUCCCGGGUCAGGGUCCUCCUGUCAGUCGGACACAAUCAGGGCCUGAGCCUCAAAACCGGCUAACCGGUGAUAAGUCUCCAGUGUUAGAGAGUGAACAGAAACAGUCCAAACUUCCCUCCAACUUGUGAGAGUCAGACACACCCUCCUUUACCUGCUGGGCAACAGAGGAGCCCCCCCAUCUUGGCAUGUUUUAAUGUUAAAUUCAGUGCUGGGGGGUGUGUUGUUUUAAUCAGAUGAGAGAUCCUUUUAGUUUUUAAUCAGAAUGGAUGACAGACAAAAACAUAUUUUUUCUACAGAACAUUUUCAAUAUGAUUAUAAAACCCAAAAGUAUUAAUGGGUAUAUAUUUAAGACCUGAUAAAAAUAUCACUUCUUAUAUAUACGAUAUUAUAUUCUAAUCUUCCUCUGUGAUUUGUUGUCAUUUAUUUGAAACCCUUACUGUUCAGGCAAUUCUUUUGGUUCCCUUUUUAGCUCCACCUCUUCAGCUGAAAAAAAUAUCCACACCUCUAUAUUCAGUUUAUGAUUGAAACCAAAAAUUACUUCCCUUUGUUAAUAUCCUUUGUGGAGAGCGCUGGGAGUGCCGUGUGAAGGCAGGGUCACCCCCUCGUCCUCGUCAUUCUCCACAGAGAUGUACGGCGCUACAGACUGUGCACUUUGCUCUUUUCAGAGAUCACUGCAGCUCGAAGGAUUUGACGACGGCACGUCUUCCAAGAAAGAAAGCUUUCUCAGCAAUAUUGCACACCCAAACGGGUCAACCUGCUCAGACUGCAUUAAAAAAAACAAAGCAAUGAAUGUAACAAUGUCAGUCUGGGGUGGGGAGUAGGUUUUGAAUGUGUGGAUGAACAUGAACAGACAAAACAAAUCAACCUGAGUUGAGGUUUGUGUGCCGUGGGCAUAGUAUGCAAUAAUCAGUGUUUUUUUGGGGGGCAUAUAAAGGUACUGCGAAUUGAAGCACUUGUGUCAAAACAGUGAAAUUACUGGUGAGUAUCAUUCAGUUAGAAUAAAACUGAAAAGCUUAUUAUAGUGAUUCAGCUCAAAUUAGACAUAUAUAGAUUCAUAACGCAGAGUGAUGCAUUUUAAGCCUUUAUUUGAGUUGAUGAUGAUCUACAGUACAGUAUCUGCAUUUUGUUUUGCUGCUCUUUUUGCUUGAGUUACUGCAUUAAUGCGAUGCGGCAUGGAGGCGUUAGCCUGUGGCUCUGCUGAGCAGGGAAGGCCUAUAUGGGCUUCAAAGAUUUUAUGAUUUCUUUUUUUUUUUUAAAGUCAGUUGCAGUGUUUUGUAGAUUGGAUGGCAGGGACUGCAUGUCACUGCAGUCAUUAUCCCUGAAACACAAAUACUGCUCUUAAAAAAGAUCAGGCCAGUUAUUAAAUAGACUAUUCAGGACUUUAGUAAUAUGAACUAAUGCAAUAGUGCUAAACGACACAAAAUAACUAAAUUUAAUACAAUUUUUUAAGAUUUUGUACAUUUACUGCUGUUGUCUACAUUGUUUCCCAAAUUAUGUUGCAAACCUGUACUAAAAAACACAUGCAUGACCCAUAUGUUUCACUCCACUGUGAACAGUGUGCAGUAUCCAAUCCUCAAACUUAACAAAAUUAACAGCAAUUAAUGCAUCAUUUUCUGUGUAAUGGAUCUAUAUAAUAUAUGAUUGUUUUUAUUAAAUUAGUGAAAGAAAAUCACGUUUUAAUAAUAUUCUAAUAUAUUGAGAUCUACCUGAUUUUGGCUUUAAAGUCAUUACUAUAAGGGAACUGAUUAAAACAUCUUGAAACCAGCAAUGCACUAAGAUUGAUGUGAAUGUUUCUUGCACCAGUCAAAAGGGCUAAAAGCAGUCACCUGGGCACGUGAUCAACACCAAAACCCUGAUGGGUCAUAUUGCUGCAUAUUUACCUUUGUAUAAUGUUCGAUUGUAAAAUCCAACAUCUGCUGUUGAACGGUUGCUGCUUUGCGAUGCUAUGCCGCUAUACUGAAUGAAAAAGACUGCUUUAUGAAACCACGAUGACAUCCUUUUAGUAGUUACUGUGUUUAGGUGACAUGUUUUUCAUUCUAGACUGUGAGCAGUGGGCCAGACUCGAGGUCCAACCAUUGAUGACCAGGGGCUUCAGCUCCCUGAAUCUUGAGCGGUCCUCCAUCCUUCACUCCUCCAUCCACCUGCCAGCAGCAUCAGCUGGCUUUUACUUUAGCUUUAUUUUAAAUACAUCCAGUGUUCAGGAGUCUAGGUGUAAGUUAUUGAUCUGUUUAUUGGUCUAUUUUUCAUUUUGUUGCCUUUUUAAUCACCAAAUCUGAUCAUUUAAUCUCCUGUAUAUUAGGCACAUUUUAUUUUAGCUACUGAAUUUAAUGCAAUAAAAAUGGCAUAUGGUCAAAUGAU